UGCCCGCAAUCUCACAGAUAUUGUGCCAAGAAGAAAAAAGUCUGACACCUUCAUGCUUGUCUGACUAUCUUGUGUACUUCUGUCUGACUUUCUUACAUGCAUGUGUAUGUAUUUUAUGCGUGUGCACGAAGGCUCCUUCUAGGGCGAGCAGCCACGUCACUCGUGAAUACCACAACUGAGAUAACGACCGAUACGUCGUUAAUUGCACAUAUGGAGACACAGGGGAACCUCUGAUACUGUUCUUUCAGCUCUGUAUCCAAUAGCCCAUUAUACCAAAACUGCCAUUCCAGUUGCCAUGGCGUCCACCGCAAUUCUCAACAUGAGUGAAGUAGCACACUACGAGCCUGCUAUGUUUGCAACAUUCUCUCCAACAGCUAAGCAUGAUAUCCACACGGACUUACAGUAUGUCAAGGUAUCCAAAGCAGGAGAAGCUCUCGGCCCGUCUACUUGGGGCAAAACGGACUUUGAAGAGGACCGCGAAGAGCUCGUACCAGUUGUAGUCCAAGAUAUUCGUGGGUUAGAGAACCAAUACACUCUUGACACUCACGGCUUCCAGCUCGUCAAACACAAAUCCUCCAUGAGCAAACAAGACUUUGCAGAAGGGAACAAGAUUGAAAACAUGUACUAUGCCGAAACGGCCGAGGUGGUGAAGCGAGUUACCAACGCCUCUUAUGUUCGUGUCAUUCAUCACGUUCUUCGAAAUUCUUCGUCUCCCGAUCCAGAUUGUCUCAGUCUUACUCGCCCUCUAUACAAAGUCCAUGUGGAUUCAACACCUGCUCGUGUGGAAAGCACCAUCCGCCUAUUUGAGCCAGGUAAUGCUGACUCUCUGCUCAAAAAACGCUAUGCUCUGAUCAAUGUGUGGCGACCCCUUAAGCGCUGCUUCAAAGAUCCGCUUGCAUACUGUGACGGCUCGACGGUGCCGGAGAAUGAAUUCGUGGUACGGGAGCUUGUUAUGCCAAAUGGCGAGGGGAGAAAAGCAAACACGGCUGUUGCCAAGAAUGAAUCUCACAAGUGGCACUACUUGUACGCCAUGGAGGACAGCGAGAUUGUGCUUGUCAAGUGCUGGGAUCAAAAAGAAGGUGUGGUGAAACGUUGUCCUCAUUCUGCGGUCAGAGACCCGGCGAUGGAGGCGAUGGAGGACAGAGAGAGUGUUGAAGUAAGGUGUCUGGUUUUCUGGGAUUGAGUCUUUGACAAACAUCCAAUUGGCUUGCCAGCGUUGGCUGCCUAAUUUUAAGGAUUUCAAGAGUACUUUAUUGGAUGAGCAAACAAUCGUAGCAUGAAUUAUAUGAAAAUGCGCCCUUCGCUACGAGAAAGCAUAAUCCACAG